UGCAUGAAUGAAGGCGAAACAUUAUGGCUAACUUUACCCUCUUCUACGAUUGGAAAAUCUAUGCACAAAAUGACUUGGGUAACGCGAGGCACUUUAAUGACUUCAGGGCAUACAGUUACCGACAAAUGCAUUGAUUAGAGUUAAACAUGUUGAAGAUUAACAAACAAGCGAACCAUUGCAUGAUACACUAUUUUGUAUCUAAAUUUAUUCAGCGCAGUGAAGCUUCUCCCCCAUUAAAAAAUAAACAACCGCCUGUGGUUUGCUUAGCGGUCUUUAGUCAGGCUUUUACCCCUUUUAGCUGCUUUGAAUGAAGAUCCAGUCCGGUGCUGAGGUGAGUCACGUGACUUGACCUGUGCGUCAGGACGCACGGUGAUUUUUCGUCACAUGACGCGCUGUGCGUACGCGGCGGAAUUGUUAGUGAAGAUGGCGGACGAGGAGGCCGAGCAGGACCACGGCGAGCGGGUCGACGCUUCCGACGCUUUAAACGCAUUCUCGGCGCGUCUGGAAGAGAUAGCGGCGACUUUGAAUAACAGCGUGGAGUCGCCUGACGAGCGCGCGUCGCAGUACUGCUAUGAGUUCUGUCAGACUUUGGUGGAGUAUGCCAGUCUGUGGAAGAUGGAGGAGGACCCGUUACCAGUACUGGAGGUGUACAUCAUGGCCCUGCUCAGCUUUGCACACGUGUCCUCGUGUCUUUCAGCACAGUGUGAAAAGGUGCCUGUCGUGCUUGAAAGGCUCUCGCUGAGUUGUGUAGAGUUGCUGAUUUCUCUGCACCAGAAUGUUCCAGAUGCAUUGUGGGACAGGUUUAGGUCAUCUGUAGAGAUCGCUCAUUCUCUGGUACAGGAGUCAGGAAUCUCUCAGCUGAGGAUGCUCUACACCAUCUCGCAAGAACAAGGGAUGUGGACCAAUCUAACGCUGCAGAGUAUCCUUAAAAACGACACGCCACCGCAGGAGAAAGUUCACGAGUUCCUCACUCAGGAAGGACCAACACUUCUUAAGAUGCGAGUCAAGCACCUGAUGAAGGAGAGCUAUAUCGAGCAGGCCGCAGUGCUGGCCAAGACCUGUGCCGACUUCUCCGAGUUUGAAGAACAGGGACACUUUAAGCAAACAUACCUGGUUUGUUUGUGCAGCAUCGCGCCACAGGAGAUUGUGAUGGAAGAGCUGGCAAGAGUGGACUGUCGUGAUGCUUUAGAGAUGAUUUGCAACCUUGAGGCGGACAGCGAAGAGAAAGCCGCAUUUACUUUAUGUUCAGGUUUUUUGACCCGUCAGAUUCUUCAAGAGGAUUCUUACUGUGCUUGGGAGCUGACUCUGUUUUGGGGAAAACUUCUUAAGCGAUUAGAACCUUUAGAGCAAGGCUUUUUGGACCGAUGCCGUCAAAUGUCACUUCUGUCCAAAACUGUGUUCCAUCUACUCUUUUUCAUUAAAGUUAUCCAGUCAGAGAUGGAUAAAGUUGGGCUUUCCACUUGCAUUGAUAUGUGUAUACGAGCUCUCCGAUUGGAAUCGUGUGAAGGAAGUACCAAGGCCACGGUCUGCAAAACCAUUUCCUGUCUCUUACCCACGGACCUGGAGGUGAAAAGGUCCUGCCAGCUGACAGAGUUUCUUCUGGAGCCAACGGUAGACUCCUACUAUGCGGUGGAAACUCUUUACAAUGAGCCGGACCAGAAGCUGGAGGAGAAAGAUCUACCAGUACCGAACUCGCUGCGUUGUGAGCUGAUCUUAGUCCUCAAAACCCAGUGGCCCUUUGAUCCUGAAUUUUGGGACUGGAAGACAUUAAAGCGUCACUGUUUGGGUCUUAUGGGAGAAGAGGCAUCUAUUGUGUCCUCCAUUGAUGAACUGAAUGAUGGCGACCCUGAGGGUUCAGAAGAAGAUGCGAACAUGUUUUCUGAGGAUUUUAAGGAUGUGUCUCAGUGCUUUGUGGAGGCAACAAAUGAACUAAAUGAAAUCGCAGAUCAUAGGCAGAAGAACAGAGAGAUGAAAAAGUUGAGAGAAAAAGGCUUUGUUUCAGCGAGGUUCAGAAAUUGGCAGGCUUACAUGCAGUAUUGCGUUUUGUGUGAUAAGGAGUUUCUUGGUCACCGAAUUGUGCGACACGCACAGACUCACUUUAAAGAUGGAUUCUACAACUGCCCAAUAUGUUUAGAGACUUUUGAAACAAAAGAGACUCUCGAACCACACGUCGCAUCGCACGUGAAACUUUCGUGCAAAGAACGUCUCGCCGCAAUGAAUACGAGUAAAAAAUUGGCCAACCCAAAAACCGCUGCUCCUGUCAUAGCUGCUCUGAAGGCUAAAAGUGGCGAAAAUCAGAUGAGCAAGGCCAAGACAAAAAACAACUGCAACAGGGACUCCGACAAACUUUUUAACGGACAUGCCAAUGACAAAGAGCCCUUGGACAUCAAGGAAGGCAGCGAAGGGAGUAGUUGCCCAGUUCAAAGCUGCAGAAGGGGAUUCAAAUAUUUCCGAAAUCUCAUUGCUCACGUGAAAGAUCACGGGGACAACGAAGAAGCAAAGCGCUUCCUUGAAAUGCAGAGCACAAAGGUAGUGUGCCAGUAUUGCCGUCGUCAGUUUGUCAGCGUUGAACACCUAAAUGAUCACCUACAGGUCCACUGUGGAACGAAACCCUAUAUUUGCAUACAGCUCAAUUGCAAAGCCAGUUUUGACUCUAAUGCUGAACUCAUUGUACAUAAGAAAGAGCACCCGGGGUUCAAGGCAAGGUGUAUGUUUCCAGGUUGUCGCAAGAUUUUUCAAGAAGCCUACAAAUUGUACGACCAUGAGGCACAGCAUUACAAAACAUUUACCUGCAAAGCACCAGACUGUGGUAAAGUGUUUCAUUGUCAGACUGAGUUAGAUAUACACGUAGAGAGUCAUGUCACAAAAGAGGAGGUCCCGAGCUCUGACGAACUGCCAACUGAACCUCAUGAAGACCAAUGGAAUGAAACGCAUCAGAAUUCUGUUCAGUCAGACCCCCACUCGGCCACACAAGCCUACAGCGCAAAUCCUCCAGUGGAUCGUCCAUCUGGCACCCUGGAAGUAAAGCAUUCUGUAAACAAUAUUCUUAAUAGUGUGUUGGAACUGUCCACUCAAGAGUGUGUCCAUCCUGAAACAGGUCAACCUCAAACUCCCAUCCAUCAUCCGAUCCCUCAAACGAAUGACCACCUGACGCAGACAGCCAUGAGCACUCACAUUUCUCACUUGACUCAAAUCGGACCAGAGGAAUCUCUGCUGGAAGCCUUGAUGAGUGAUUCAGAUCCCAUUCCCUCUACGUCUUCAUACCAGAGUGUAUUAGAGGACUUUCUACCUGUUCCAGCAACUGAUGCUUUGAACGGUCAGCUUCAGACGACAGAUUCUGCUAAGACUCCUUCAUACAACAAUACCAAUGGAGUAUAUGGACAAUACACUCCUAUUCCUUUAGGUCAGGUUCAGACGCAGUAUUCCAGCAUGUAUAAUAGUACCAUAACGUCUCCAACGCACGGUUCCCACAAUGCAGCACCUCUUGUGUCAUUGGGUCAAAUGGUUCCAGCUAUUUCACAGACACUUAACCAUCAAAUAGCUCCCUUGACAAGUAAUGGACAAGCGUGUGAGAACAAGUCCGUGCAAUCUGUAAACACAAACAACACUACCCAAGUGGUGAAAGAGAGACACAAAUGUCUUUUCGAUUCAUGUACACGGGACUACAGCUCUUAUAGAAGCGUAACCAAACACAUGAAAGCUGUUCAUUGUGAUUUUUACACGCAGUGGAAACUAGCAAAAAAGAACAAAGUGGAAAUGCCAUCAACACUCCGAACUGUUUCUAAAAAAGGAAGUCUCAAUUCAAGUCAACAAGACCAGCUUGCUCAAAAAGUUCCCGCUCCUGCUGUUCAACCGCAAAACCCUCAUGCCCAAUCCACUCCCUACUCAAAAAACUGUAUCAACUCGGGCUUUCCGUCUGUGGCCCCUGGCAUAACUGCUCCUACAGGCCAUAUUCAAACCAAUCAUAUGGAAAAUAUAUUGGAUCCCAUUGUGAUCUCUCAACUUGGUACAAAUCAGUCUCACAGGGCAACAGGUCACUUGUGGGACACCAGGCACAAUUCAGCCCUACAACAACAUACAUGUCAUUCUCAGGAAAUGACUACAAACAUUAACACCCUUUCAGGCAGUCAUUUCACUCCUCACAUGAACACAGCAUCUACUGAAGGUGCCCAGCAUAGAGGAAUGAGCUAUUCUACUUUACAUCCUAAUAAUCCACCCGCACCUGCCUUAGUAGACAGUGUUCAAAAGCUAAGUGUUGACAGUUUGAAUCCACUUGGCAGUAUUAAUCAACCUCAACAAGUCAUGGGUUCGAAUAUGAUGGAAGCUGUUAAUUCUGUAGCAGAUCCAAAUUUGUCAUCUGCUCAAAUGACUCUGUUGCCUCCUUACACUGACAGUGUAAGCAUCUCAAUUCCGAAAGAUCCCUUAGCGUCCUCCUACUCUCAACAACAAAGUGACGGUUCAUUCUUAUCUGUGCCCCGCACCGAGUGUGCAGUGAGCUUGAAGACAGAACCAAAUUUAGAUUUUCCUCUUUCGAGCAACAUAAGUGCCCCAUCAAAUGAGAGUUCUCCCGCUCCUCGGAAUAACACUUCGAGUGUGUCAAACAAUGGGGACAAAAAAGUCAAACGAAGCAGAAGAACAAAAUGGCCAGCUAUUAUUAAAGAUGGCAAGUUUAUCUGUUGCAGGUGUUAUCGAGAAUUUCAGAGUCCUAAAUCUCUUGGUGGGCACUUGUCAAAGCGUGUUCAUUGCAAACCAUUCGAUGAAGCUGACCUGACGUCAGACCUUCCCAGCUCCUUUCUUGAUCUUCUCAACUCUCCUCAUCCAACACCUCCUUCAUACGUGAACCUGCCAAUCCCUGCGCACCCGCCGAUAAGAGGUCGUCUUGAUCCGAAAUUGUUUCCCAAUGUCACGUAUCCUCAAGCUAAUGGCUCCACGAAUUUUAGCAGUGAUAAACAGAUGGAGGAAGGGUUCAAGCAGAACUCGUCAAAUGUGUGUGUGAGCUCUGGACAAGAACAGCUUCCAAAUGCCUGUGGUGGAUAUACUCAAAAUAAUCGAAUGUCAGAAACUAGUGUUAUUCAGCACACUGGUAGUGUGAAACAUCAUAUACAACCCAGAUACCCUGACAGCUCCAAUCCACUUUUUACAGAUGCUAUUAGUGAUCCUCUUCUUUCUAAGUUGUUGGCUGAAGAUCACUCGACAUCCACCCUGAGUAGUGGUUCUUCAGAGCAAGUCAGUCAAAUUCUUCAAGCUGAAACUGUAAAUAAAAUUGAGACGACGGAAAAAUCAACCAUUAGCAACGCAAGCGUGAUGUCAAAUGAUGGUCUUUUGGCAGCCAUGGAAAGUCUUGCUCAGAAUUUGGUGUCUGAAAAGAGCGUCAAAGAAAGACUGCGUGAACAGAUAUUGGCAGGAGACCUUCACAAAAUAAACAGUCUGCCCCGUGGCUCGAGCAUUGAUAGUUCCUGCUCACAAAUUUCUGUAGCAAGUCCUGUGCCUAGGGAGACACGGUGUACGUCAAACUUGAUUCCGGAUGCAACUCAAGGUGAGCAGCAAUGGAACACUGCUGGGACUUCCGCCGAGACUGUUUUGCAGUUGGGGGAUGGCAUUCUAAAUGAGGGCUUAUCUCAAACCAAUUCAUCCAUGUCUUUAGGACAUGGUGUGAAUGAGACUAACGAUACGACCAAAGCCAUCCCUGAUGAAAUAUCGGUAAUCCAAAAAUCUUUUGAGAAGCUUGACCUAGACAGAGAAAUGGCUGAAGAUACCAGAACUGUGGAACAACCUAAAACGAGUGAUGUAAAACCCAAUAAACCAGAGUCCAAUGAUUCAGCCAUUGAGAUGUCGACUUACGAGAAACCAUUUGCAUGUGACGCAAACGGUUGUACUUACAGAGCAAUGACAAAAGAUGCGCUUUUUAAACAUCUUAUCAAACUGCACAAUUACACGGACAACAUGCUUGCUGAGGUAAAAGGUCAAUGUAACGUCUCCCCUUUCAGCUGUCAGAUAUGUAACAAGGCGUUCACACGCAACUCCAACCUCAGAGCUCAUUAUCUGACCAUUCAUAACUUUUCACAGGAAGACAUGAGGAAAUUGAAAAGCAAGCGUCAUCCUAAUCAGAGGUUGGUGGAGAGCGAUAGCGGAAGCCCUUGCCCAACGCCAGUUGUGUGCAGUCAAUUCAAAAACAUGACGGAUACAGGUCAACAACAACAAGUAGUUACAUCCGGGACAUUAGAAGCCGAUAUAAUGAAGAAAACAUGCAUCAGUCCAUCGCUUGUCAAGCAGUCUGCUGUUGUUCCUCAAAGCAAACAUCCUGGAAUAGCAAAACAGACUUUAAUUUUGGAGAGUCAGACACCCAUAAAGCCAUCAGUCCUCGUAUCUGUUCAUUCUUCUGUGACUCCAAGAGUAGAUCAGCAUCCGAAGACGUGGUUUCCCGGACAUUCCAAUGGAUCCCCGCUCAAAGAACUUCCGCCUACUCCUCCCUUAACCCAAAAUCCAUCAGCACAGGUACAGAUAGAAAACCAGCCCCUGGAUAAAAAGCCCAAGCCUUGCAAGCCCCGCCUGCCAAAGCCAAAAGAAUCUCCCAAGAAACCGAAAGAGAAAAAAUCAGAGAUGGAUGAUAGCUUUAGUCCUUACAGACCGUAUCGUUGCGUUCAUCAUGGCUGCGUGGCAGCUUUUACUAUUCAACACAAUCUGAUUUUGCAUUACAAAGCGGUGCAUCAGUCUGCUUUGCCUAAAUUUGAGGUGUACAAUCAAGAUGAGCAGAUCGAUGAAGAGGCGGAGGAGAAGGAUAAGAAUGAGGAGACCGAGGAUAAACCUGAUGGUGAGAUCAAAGAGGUGGAUGAGUUCAGGUGUCAAGUCAAAGACUGUUCUUGCAUUUUCCAGACAGUUCCGGACUUGCUCCAGCACUACCUUCAGCCACACAAGUUACCCCUUGAGAAAGCUGGUGCCAUGAUGUGCAGCAUCAACUUGGGCAGGUUUCAGUGCGAUCAACCCGACUGCUCAGAGAUGUUUACAGGAUUCUGGAAAUACAUUAACCAUGUGGAUAAAGAGCAUAAAGACAUCAAAAUCUCUAAAGUGGAGCCAGUGGAGGGCAUGUUCAGAUGUCAGGUGGAGGGUUGCGAAUGCGCUUACAGCACGCGCUCCAAUCUACUGCGGCACACCAUGAAGAAACACCAUGACGUUUACAAACGGCUGCUAAUGAAUCCACGGGAAGGCAGCAGGGGUGGUAAACUCGGUCGUCCUAAGAAAUAUGAUGAUGCUGCUGAUGUCGUCGAGAAAGAAAACAGAGAAACAAACAAGAAAACGAUUAAAAAGGCAUGUCCGAAGAAGUGCAAAACCACGAAAAACAACUGGACCAAAUAUGGGAAACCCAUUUUGAAAACCCAAGAAGAAGCCUCAGCGAUGUGCACCAAACGAUUACAGCUGCAGUAUGCUUGUAUGAUAAAGGGAUGCGAAACGGUGACCGGGUCAGAGCGAAAUAUAAUGAAACAUUACCUCCAGCAUGGUCUUCCAAAACAGUACCUAGAAGAACAGAGGAGCAACUUUAUCCACUGUAAAAAGUUACCUCGCUCCAGAUAUAAACGUAUCGCAUCCAGAAGUGACGACACGGAUAAGUCGGAGGAAAGUUCAGUCGAGACGUCUGACAACGACGAAGUCGCUGAGCCCGAGCCGAGCGAGUCCGACUUCUCAAAACCCACGUCUGAGAAAGAAACCACAGAGGAUCCCGAUCUGUCGGAUAGCAAGCCUUCCACGGACACGUGUUCAGAGAUCUCCGUAGUGGUUAAACGCCGGAGGGGACGUCCACGCAAGGGUGAGAUAGUAAGGAAAUCAUCGGGACAGAAUAGGACGGCGAGACUGCGGACUCCAAGGAGUUGCACAGUCAGUUAUGUGGAUUUAAACUCUGAUUCCACAUCCUCCAGCACUAUGACCCAGGAAGACAUCUCCGAUCAGAACAUGCCUUUAAAUUCAUUCAAGCCCAUGGGAUUCGAGGUGUCCUUUCUUCAGUUUCUGGAGGAAUCACGGACAUCCAAGAGAAAGGCAACGGAACAGAUGAACGGAGGUUCACGUAAACGGACAGCUGCUUUCCAACUAAAGACCGCCACGAUCGUGUGCAAAAGAGCGGAUGCAGAAAUGCCUUCGCGGGAUAUCCUGAAACUUGUGGAAUUUAAAAAUCCCCAAAAGUUGACCGCUCUCAGCAACGUCACAUUUGAGGUGCAGAAAGUGUUCUCUGGCGUCUUGGAGCUUCUUCUCAAGCAGCUUCAUGAAAUGAGACCGUCGGUGAUCCUUGAAAAAGAAAAUUAAUUUAUUGAACUCAGGAUAAGAAUGAUGACUGCAAAUUUAUGCCCAGAAAGAAAUGAAUGCUGAACAGUUGUAGCUGCAUUUCAAGAUAAACACUAAAUGCCCGGUAUCAUAAUGGUCCCCAGUAUGAUGUUUAUAACUCAUGACUGUGUUAUGACUAUGUUAGGCUGACUUUAUAGUUGCAGUAGAUAAUGAAAUACCUCUAAAGCAUGUAUGUCCUUAGAUAAAAGUGAUCAGCGCAUUUUCUUGCCUUGAUUUGGAAAGUUGAUUUGGUUCUUUAUUGAGUUUUGGAUAGACUUUGUAAUAUUCCAUUGGACUUUUUCGAUCCAGCGAAAGUGGUUCAGUUCUGAUGUCAUGUGGCGUGUAUAAUUCGUAACCGUUUUGAUCCCGUUCACCCUGUAAAUCUGAAAUUUGUCAAUAAUGUUGUGUCUGGUACUUUGAUCAACUACUGCCACCAGCAGUCCGUAUGUUAAUCAAUGGCAACCAAUUUAAUACAGCUUGCUUUUUGGUA